ACAUGAAAAAAAGUUAAACAGCGAGCUUGCUUGACUGCGUGUCACGUUUGUUCAUAGGCAUAAUAAUCUAUCAAGUUUGAUUUUUAUUUUCCAAACACACAGGAACUCUGCAUUGGAAUGAGUCGUUUGUAAAUAGUGACUAUAAAGGAAACAGUGAUUUAAGGACCUAUGCUAUGAUCAGUAAUGUUUAGAGUAACUUAAUUUCUUUUACUACCAUUUAUACCUACUGUGCGACCGUGAAGGUUGAGAAUGUUACGUCAUUUUGCUUUUAGUGUGUGAUAUAAACUUACUUAUUUUGUUCCUGCAAUGAGGCGUGUUUUUAACUGAAAAAGUGUUUGUUGCUGUGCGUUAUAUUAAAAAGUGUAAUAAAUCUGAAAGCAGUGUAAACGUACUUACACCGGCUGCGACGAGAUGCCGCCAUGUUAUUUAGGAUUCGCAGUUUCGCUGUCAACUACGAAUCGCGGUUAGCCCUGAUACACUCGGAGGAUUUAUUUUCAUUCUUGUAGAACUGAUGACAUAUUUUCUUGCUCGACCUUCCUAAACGUAUCAGCGCCACGGAGCAUCAGAAUUCGGCGCUGACAGGCGCCAAACACUUCGAUGAACCAUAUAUGCCAGUACUGGCUAUUGAAGAUGCAAGAAUUGAAUCCUGUGACCUCCAACUGGGAGACACAUGGAGGGGGAUGCAAGGCAAGAUGAGCGUGACAGCGCCGGUUAAGAAGAUAAGAAAAAAGUCAGACAAUAAGCCACAAUCUCAAAUAAAUAAGUGUCACAACGAGAAGAAGCGACGGGAACUCGAAAACGAAACCAUAAAUCAGCUUGAAGAGCUUCUCGGCACCUGUCUCGCUGAAGUAAAGCAGCCGGACAAGAACGGCAUCGUACGCGAGGCCACCCGGCAGAUCCAGGAGGUGCUGCGGCGCCGGCGGGAGUGCCCCGAGGAGUGUCCGCUGCGCGUCGCCCAGUGCCUCUCGCCCGUGCAAGCCGGCGAGGUCAGCUCCACACAGCCCUCCUGCGCUGGGUUACAUUACUCCGAGCUCACAUCACUAAUCGAGGCGCUCAAGCACUACACCGGCACCCUCGGAUGGGUUUUAUUGGAAAUAAACUCAAAGGCUGAAAUAGAAUGUAUAACCGAAAACAUUAAGGAGCUCACUCUGCAAGACAGAACAGAGUUAUACAAGAAAUCGAUAUUCUCGCUUUUGCAUGUCAAAGAUCAUGUAAAAUUAAGACCGUUGUUAAGAAAUAUACAAACCUUUAACUGGGGUUCAGGAGAAAUCGACAAAUUUCAAGCUAUACAAGCUCGUCUUCUUAUCAAAAACUCCAAUGGGACUGACAGUGCUGGGUACGCGGAGUGCGUGAUCCACGCUGCGCCAGUGCGCGGCUCGUCCUCGGAGGAGGCCGGCUCCGUCAUGUGCGUCAUCCGGCGCUGCGAGGACGCGUCGGCCGCACUUCUCCCCGGCGACGGCGGCCCGCCCGCCAUCACCGCCAAACACUCCGAUCACAUCGUCUUCAGAUUGGAUUGUAACUUCAUUAUUUUAUUUUGUGAUUUAAGUGGAGUGGAAAACUUAAUAAACACUUCUAAACCCCUGGUGGGUACUCGUUAUUUGGAACUAGUUGAGAAUUGUGAUCGUAUUCGCGUAGCCGCGCACUUACAAGAAGCCGUGUGUCUUCCCGCGCCGCCAGCUAUCAGUGAACCAUUUCGGUUGCGUAUCGCUCCUGAUAGACCUUGCUUCAGAGUCGUAGCGCGGUCACGUCUAUUUAGAGCGAAACCGUCGUCGGGCGAGCCGGAUUUUAUAAUGUCCACGCACACCGUCCUGGGCGACGAAGACAUGGAUCUCCUCGAAACAGACGGUCCUCGGCCACCAGUUGGCGGGCCGCUCAUGACGUCUGUUGCUAACGGAGAAUCCUCUACGUGUGAACCACGAUAUCGGUCACCUAUAAGUCCCAAUGAUGGCAAUCCUUUCCUUAGUGAAUUCGACCUGGAACCUUGGGCAUCGUCUUUGCUCGGCGAAAUGCCCAGUGAAGACUCAAAAGACCGCAAAGAGAGUGUCCCCGAAACUCACUCGCAACCCUUAACGCCGCGGGCACCGCCCACACCGGGAGAGGGACCACCUUCGAAUCAGCCGGCCGAGGAGCCUAAUAGACUUCGGAGUCUCCUUAGUAAGAAACCAAUGCCGGGAAAUGAAGGUGCGGUGAACUCGAACAAUCGGAUACUAAAAGAUUUGCUGAAACAAGAAGACGAAGAGGCUACAGGGAGCGAGACGUCAGCGCCGCACACGCCGCACACGCCGCACACGCCGCUGACGCCGCACACGCCGCACACGCCCAGCGCCGCGCUGUCGCCGCUGCACUCCGCGCAGCCGCGCCCGCCGCCGCACGCGCUGCACGCGCCGCACCAGCCGCACCAGCCGCAUCCCGCGCCGCAGCACCAUCACAACAACUCCGACGUCUUGCUCAGGAUAUUAAACGACAAGUCGGACGAGGAUGCCGAGGAGAACCGAAGAAAUUCUGGUGACGGGAACCGAGGCGUGUCCCAACCUAGCGCUCUGCUAUCCCAAUUGCUCUCCAGUAGUAAUGGGCCGUCUGGCAAUGGACGACAGCAGGAUAACAGCGACAAUUACAUGGAAAGAAUGGCCGGAGUCAAACGCAAGUUCGAAGAAACUAAUAAAGGAGCCCCAAGUAAUCCUAAAAGGUCUACGCCUGAAAACCAGCAGGUAACGUCGAGCGCGCUCCCCGCAUCAUCGGCGGCGUCAUCGACUGCCACGAGUCCGGCCACGAGCAGCAGCCCGGGCAUGAGCCAGCUGUGUCAGAAGAACCAGAUCCUGGUAUCCCUGCUAGCGCGGCAGCAGACCACGCCCACCACGCCCCUGCCCCUCCCCAACCCCAACCUGCGCGCGUACGGGCCCACCGCGCGGCCACGCCCCCCGCCGCCGCCGCAGAUGCCGCCGCAACGACAUUUGCACUCCACGUUAUCCAACAUAUUGACCGGAGCCAACCACCGGCCGAACAACAUGAACGGCGGUAGCGGCGUCCCGGCGGAGGGCGGCGGCGCGGCGCUGGGCUCGAGCCACCUGCAGAUGGUGCUGCAGAGCGGCGCGCUGGCGGCCGGAGCUCGCUAUCCUGCGCCGCAUGCUAUGCAGCAUUACCCGCAGCAGGCGCCCGGACACGUGUAUAACAACCAGCCGCCACAGACAACAAGUAAUAACGUGCGACCUCAAGGCGGUCCUGCUGGUGACAGCGAGGUACCGAGUGAUCUCACACUGUCCGACAUUCUGGACGAGGUGAUCGAAAACAUGCCCGACGCUGACCGCCCGCAGCCUGAUGUCAAUGUGCGGCAACGACAGGGAAUGAAAGAGAAGAACGCGAUGAUCAAUGCGAUACGACAGAGCUUGAUGCAAUACGAGGCGGUGGGUAAGAGCCCUGGGGGUUCGAGUCCGAGUGCUGGGGCUGGGCCCGGGCCCGGCGUGGCGGCGGGCGGCGCUGCGCGGGCGGCGCCGGCCGGGUACGGGGCGCCCGUGUCGCCGGGCUCGCCCGAGCCGCGCGAGCGCUGGCGGGCUCUGCAAUGCGGGCUCCCGGGCUAUGCGGACCCGGCGCGGGCGCGGGCGCUGGUGGAGCAAGAGCGUGCUCGGCUGCUGCAGCUACAACGCACGCAGCAGAUGCUCGUAUCACCUGAGGCUGCUGAGCAACCUCAAGCUGAUUUAGGCUCGACUAUCAACGCCCUCGUUUCCGCCACGCCCCCUAAUGUAGCUUUAACACGAACGGACUAUCACCAUCAGAUGUAUCACCAGAACAAUCAAAUGGGUCCAAAUUACGGUACAAAUAAAAUAACCACGUCGCAACAGAACCCGAUGCUCAGCCGACAGUUGAGUGUGGCGGGUUCGGGCGCGUACUCGCACAGCGGCGGCGUUUCCACGCACACAGCGGCCGCGCUACACACGCCCAUGACGCCCGCGCAGCCCUACCACCGCCCGCCACGCCCGCAUCUAGUGGGAGGCUACUACGAGGAGGGCGGCGCGGGCGCGGCCGGCUACUGCGGCGACUACGCGCGCUGCGGCCCGCCGCACCCGCACCCGCACCCGCACCCGCACGCGCCGCACCCCACCCUCGACCACCACGCAUGUGCGGGUAACGGCGGCGGCGGCGCGGGCGCGGGCGGCACGUCGGAGUACGUGCGCAACGAGCUGCGCGCCGUGGUGGGCGCGCGCGCGCGGCCCGAGCUGCACGCGCUGCAGCCGCCCGACAUGGACGCGCUCGUCGCCUACGACAUCACGCCGCCCGGUGGCGGCAGUGUGGUGGGGGGCCGAGCGUCCUCGGCGUCGACUAAUUCGUGGGAAUCGCAACAGAGCACCCCGAGUACUACGGAGGCGGGCUCGGCGGAGGCGGCGCGGGCGGCGGGCGGUGAUGAGGCGCGGGCGGCGGGCGCGGGGGCAGCGAGUAAGGCGUCGCUGCUGCAGAAGCUGCUGUCGCAGUGAUCGCCCGCGCCGCUGCAGCCCCGCGUCUUCGGCUGAAUUAUGCAUUUAUUAAUUUCUCGCUUCAUCGGAUGGACGUUAAUCGACGAUCCCUAGAUUCCAACGUAACGAACGUCGUCGUUCCGAGUUACGGUCUACGUGGUACCUCUGCGGCUGUAAAUCUCACUUCGUGAGAAUAAUAUAGUACAUACGCGUAUUUAUAGACAUCUAUAAUGUAGUCUAGUAGUGCUAGUGAUGUUUUCGAGUUGUAUAAAAUCGUUUCGUUGAUGAUAUAUUUACUUCUAAGUUCUUUGAGAAACUUUAGGUAUGGUCUUGUAUAAAUAUGUAUCUAUGUAUAAUGUAUGUAUCUUUAGUUACGCUCUAAUUUUAACGAAAAAACGAAUCGAUGCGAAAUUCGUAGCUUCCUGUGAUGGAAAAAAAAUAGUGAUUAAAAAUAUUUAAUUGACUCGUACGCCCAGUACACAUACACAAUGUACAAUAGAAAUAUACCGCGUGCAAUAUUGUAUAGAAAUAUUAAAUACAUAUUUUGGCGUUGUGAACGUUAUGUAUUAUAGUAUGAAAGUCAGAUGUUACCUGUUAUGACAAAGUAAUUUGUAUUAUAGUAUAUGAUGACGAGACGUCGAGUGAAAUGUUUCUCUUAUGGAGAAUAUUAUUUUUACGUGUAAAUAAUAUGUUGUUAAAUUAUAGCUGUUGCUUUAUUGUAAAUAUUUUGUUAUGAUAUUUCUUUGUGUUUCGUGUAUGGUACAAUAUUCUUUUAAUUUCAGCCCAAUUAUGAAAUUGAUUAAAUAAUUACAAAUAUUUUUUUUAUGUUUUUCCAAUACCUGUUUUAACUAAUGACUCAGUGAUGUUAUAAUCACAGUGAUUGUUUUUUUGUUUAAUGAAAUUGAGCCAAAAUAUUGUUGACGAUACUUGGCAACGGAACUAUAUCUAGUAUGUAUACCUAGUGUAUAAAGAACAUUUUAUAAAGCCCUUUAGAUAUUAAAUUAUGAGAAUACGCGACGAAAAUAUAUAAUUUUUUAUCUUGUUAUGACAUUAUUUUAUAAUAUUGUUUUACACUUUGAAAUGUCUGUGAUUAUAACAUUUGCCACGUCUUACAAUAAGAGUAAAACCCCCUUGUUUGGUCGAUGAAAUUAACUAAUACAUAGGCGCGGAUUUGUUAUAAAUAGAAAAUAAGAAAGGGUGAUAAUGAAUUGAUAAAUGUAAUUUCUAUUUUUAUCAAUUCAAUGUAUCGAUUAUCUUGGCACACCGUGCAUAAAAUAUAUUGGAUUUGAUGAAUAUCUUAAUAUAUGAUGACUUAAAUUUUGAUACGUAUUGAAUAUGGCAUGUGGAUCGUGCCACAACGAGAUUGACAUAAACAUAAUUGAAUUGCGAUCAAUAUGCUACCGUUAGGACUAUUUGCAGCAGUUAGAAAAACUAAAACCUCCUGCGAAUCGUAGGUCCACUGCUAUCUAGACCUAUUUAAAAUGGGCUAUAUAGGAAGCUCUAAAAUAAUAUUGAUUCUAUUAACAUGGAUUUAAUCUGUCGGGAAUGUAAUUUUUCAUCAAACAAAAUUUACUAAUUCGCGUAAAAUAGUUGCAAAUAAUGCUAACGAUAAGAUGGCAUUUGACGAUCGUAACGGUACAUACAUGAACGUCUGUGCGCUAAUAAUAUGUACAUUGUUAACUUUCACAUACGCAUAAACGUAUCAACGUGUUACAUACUCGUACACGACGUUUUUGCUGCCGAUAAAGUAAUCGACAUUAUGGUAAGGACAAUUUAAUCGUACAUGACACGGUCUUAAUUAUAAACGUUGUUUAUAUUUGAAAUAUAUUUCCUUUGGGUAGUUUAUUUACGAUAUUAAAGUUAGUGGUUUCUUCAAAAUGAUGUUUAUAAUUAAGUACAUUGAAUGUUAUUAACUGUGUGCGUAUUGUUCUUAGUUCUACGGUGGAUGGUUAAUGUUGAAAAACAUCAAUGUUGGAUGUCGUUAUUAGUAACUAUAAAUUAAACUUUAGGCACGAAAUUAGCAGUAUUUACUACUUCGCCAUUUCAGGCAGUACAAUGUUGAAUCGCAAAAUUAUACAAAAAUAUUUUCUUUGAAAUAUUACAAAAGCAUAGCAGAUCAAUGGUUACAGAUUACCAACAUGUUGUGCGAGCAUAUAAUUUUAGAUCUGUUUGUUGUAACCAUUGGAAAUAUAUUCAUAAAUUAAUACUGCUUGAAGUGGCAUGUACAUUCGACGUUAACAAUUAAGCGUACUAGAAUUGCACAAUAUUACCUAAUAAUAAUAAAUAUACGGUAACUUUAAAGUGUAAUAUUAAAAUAUGGCUAAGACCUUUGGGUGUGGUGUGUAUCCUAAUAACGGUCUAAUAUGUGUAACUUAAAUUUUUAAUAUAAUCCCAUUGGUAGAACGUUUAGCGCAGUUGUUGCUCCAUUAUUUUUAUAUACGGGACCAUAGCCUGAGCGUUAUUAACGGUACAAUCCCAAGAAUAACACACGUUGAUGGUGCGCACAACGAUCUUUGAUACUUAGGGUACAUGCUACCGCCUACUAUGUUUUGAUCAGGAAUUGUUAUACAUUACCGAUUGAUACCUGUUGCACUCUCUAUGUAUUCCAUUAAUGGCAAGGACUUGAUCGACAUGAAGUACUUAAACGAGUUCGGGGGUUCACUCAAUUUAGUUCAUAAAUAUAAGUAAGUUUCCUUAAAUGUAUUAAUUACUUUCCAAUAACACUUUUCAAAAUACCAACCAUAACAUAUAGGGUGUAGAUACAUUAAAGAAGUAUAUUGUGAUGUGCUAUAACUAAAUAAUGAACGUACAAAAUAUGUAUAGAUAAACCACAAGUCAAGUUAAACAAGUAAUCUGACUAUGAAAUAAUAUAAAAAAUAUUUUUAUACCAUACAGAAUAAAUAGAAUGUUGUGUAGGCCACUGACCAAUUUAAUUUGUCAUUGUCGUUGAUAAAAUUGGACAAGGUCGGCUCAGUUGACGUCUAUAGAUAGUGAGAAAACGAAGCUUUACGAAAUCUGAAGACCAUAGCAACGUAAUUCAUUCCACGAUGGUUUCAGAGAGGCGAGUCCUGUGGUAAUAAGUAAAUUCCAAACCAAUAAAGUACAAGUGAUGGCCUUGUUACAUGGAAAUUUAAGCAAAUAGGCGAGGAAGUAGUCGUGUCUAAUACAUUCAUAAUAUAUAAAUAUAUGGUAUCGAAAUUUAUUUACUCGUAACUGGUCGCUAGAUGAAACAGCAUAUAAUGCCGUCACUUACAUAGUUUACAACAUCUCGACGAGGAUUGAUGUACACAAAUGUUAUAUUUUUUGCAGAUAUACGGUAACAUAACUAGUUUAUGUAAUCAAGACUAUAUAAUAACGUUUGAAACACGUCCAUUGCAUGAUUAAACCGUUUAAUUUUCUGUUAAAUGUAAAUAAUAAAGUCAUGCCGUAAAUAAAGCAUCGGUGCCUGAAAAUUAAAGAUAAAGAAUAUUUUUUCAAUGCCACCUUUUAAAAAGUAAAAUAUGAUACGAUUAUUAAUAAUAUUGAGAUUGAAAUAUUUAGUAAAGACUAUGCAUAAAAUAUGGAUUAAUGUCUAUAAGUCUGCAAACACAUAGAUUCCAUUAAAAUAUGAUAAUAGCCUAUAUAUAGUUGAAUCAUUGUAAAUAAUUUACAUCGAAUUUAGAGCCGGUACGUACGUAUGAGAUGCAUCUUCCACGCGCCCUCAUCGUGAGAUGGACAAUCAGCCUACACAAUAAAUUGUAAUGCCUUUGAUAUAAAAGCUAACUUCAAGCGGGACUCACGUCUACAUAAUAAUUUUAUGUAGAGACAGUGAAAUCAUAAUAUUGGAGAAUUUUAGUCUUCCAAGUAUAAAAGUUUUUUGGACUGCGUCCUAAACUUUGACCUCGGAUUGCCGCAUUAAGGCUUAAAGUAACAAACCGCUUAUCAAACGUGAACUUGAAAUGGAGUUCUGAGGAGCUAGAUCGAUUUCAGUUAGAAAUCAAUUGAAUCAUGACUCUUUCGCGGUUUAUUAAUUUGGGCAUUUAAUGCGUUAAUUGGGCAGAAAUUAUCUCUAAAAAAAUACUAAAAUGCUUAUAAAAAUAUCAUCAAUAUUUAUUUUUGACUCUAAUUACUCUAAAUAAUUUUGUACUUGCUAUCGGUAUUGUUAAACUACGUCUGUGUAAAUUGUGUGCCAUUUUGUAGUCGCUUAUUUACAUAACUAACUUGUUUUAAAUCCAUAAUUUGAUCCUCCACGUACAUAUUUUAUUAAAUUGUUCUUUGACAUUCUCUACAGCAUGAUCGUUGACAAAUUAAUAUCAGUACAUAUAUCAUUUGCGCGGUUCAGACCGGCGUUAAUCCGAUCAUUGCGCCAAUAAUAAGUAGAAAUCGAUAUGACGAUUUGUACAACGACUAUUAAAAUAAAAACGCACGUUUUACUUCACUUUCUAAACGCUCAAUAUGCUAUUACAUUACUUUUCCCUAUAAUAAAUUCUAGAAUACGUAAUAACAUUUUCUAGCUAAAAAGUAAACGUCAUUGCAUUGCGCGCUGCCGCGUUGAAUCAUAAACCUUAACGUGCUCUUUGUUACGACAUUAAUGCAACACGUCUAUAAUCAUCAACGAAAAUUAGUAUUCCUAUAGUAUAAAUAACUAUUUUGAUAACCAAACAUUUAAAUUUUAAAAUGGGCUUUAUAAAUGGAUUACAUGUAUGGGAAUCGUCUAGCUAUAAUCAAGUGUUAGGAAGAUAUUUGUCUUGGUGUAAUGAAUGAAUACCUCAUUGUAAGAAUCAAUUCGAACUUCUAGUUCAUAAACAAAGUUGUACAAACUGCUACAAUACUGUUUAAAACAUAAGUUGAAGAAAGAUCAUUUAAAAACGCUAGUGUGUGCUGAUAUACCUGUAAGUCUUUUUUCUAAUUAAUUUAAGAAUAUAUUUGAUUUGCAAAUUGUGGGUAACCCGAUUUAGAUAUUGUUUAAAAUCUAUGAAUUUUUGGAAUAAAUAAUUAUGUCGAUCAUAAAUUGUAAGAGCAUGAUAGAUUUUACAUUCUAUAAUUACAUUUCUGGAGAAAUUGGUAUAUAUAUUGAAAUGUUACGUCUAAUUUGGAAUUCUAUAUAAGAAGAUUGAAAUAAUGAUUUCAUUUUAUAAUUAAGAAUAUACGACCCAUUGUCUCAGAGUAAAUUUAAUUACUUAAAAUAUAAUUAAUUGGGUCCAACAUUCCAUCCAAUCUUGCAGAAAAAAUUCAAUUGGACUGCAUUAACAAAUGUGAUAUAUCGAUGUGUAAUAGAAAUAUUUUUUUAUCAUUCAUAAAAUUACUCUGCGGCAGGGGCCUAUAAUCAAUAUCACUAUGCAUCAUUGUGACAAGAAACAGAGACGGGUACGGGAGUCUUUGAUUCUGAAGGAAAACAUAAUUAGUUUAAACGAAUUUGUUUUUCAAUCUUAUGUUACACGAUGAAUCAAUUUAUUUAUAGUUAUUGUUGAUUUUUCCUGAUAUAAUAAUAAACAAAGGGUUUUCUAAAAAUUCCUCGACUUAGAGGUAAGAUUGUGUGAUAAAAUAUUUAUUAUAGUAGGAUGACAGUCGCUAACACAAUUAGGCAUUCCCGUACGCAGCUGAUUUUAUUUUUUGUAUAAAAUCAUGCCUUUUGUCUUGGCCUGUCGUCUGAGUCAAGGGUAUUUUUAUAUUGUGAAUAUUGUUUAGGUUUAAUAUUCUGUUAUAGAGUUAUAACUAAACUAAUUAUGUUUUUCUAAAACAUUGCAAAGUGAUCUUAGAUCUGGUCGCUCACAGAAUUGAUUUUUAAGAAUGUUUGCUUUAUUAGUUGUACGGUAGAGCUGUGUGUUUCUAUUCAUUGUAGGAAUAAGCUCAACAGUAGGUUUCCUUCAGUCAUAUGUUCCAAGUGAUCACGAUAUACUACGUCAAGCUGAUUUCAUAGAAAACUGUUGUAAUACACAGAAACCUAGUCCCUUGUUUCUAUACGAUCCUUUUUGUGAGUGGCCGUUAAGUCUGUGUUAUUUAGUUCUUCAGAUGUUAGUUAAGGCCUUUUGUGUUGCUGUGCAUUUCUACGCAUUGUAUGUAUGUAUGUUUAUAUAUUGUAAAUAGCUAAAAUACAUAUAUUUUUACGAUUAGCAUACACAACCAAAGUUGUUAUGAAGUGAUGGUUGAUUAAAUAAGAAAUUUAACUAUAGGUCGUUAAGUUUAUUUUAGAAGAGAUACAAAGAAAUCUGUACAGUUGCAAUGUCAGUACAUCCAAUGUCUUGUCUUAGAGUUUUAAACAACCGCCCUGGUAUUAGGAAUAAUGAAAUUGUUAUUUUUGGCACAAAAAUAAUGUCGAAAUUUAAAGUAAUAUAACAGAAAAUAAACAAUGUAAAGGAGUCGAGAAUGUUUUAUACUCCUUUUGUUCCUAGUAGCUUGCUCCGGGUCACUUACCAUUUAGUAACUGUCAAUUAAUAAAACAUACACGUCACAUACUAAUACCUUCAGAAUGUUGGAACUGUAAUAUUUUAUUCAUUGAUGAAAUCAGGCAUUAUGAGUACAUAACAUUUAAGUUGUAUUUUUUUGUACAUUUUAGAUUCGAAAAUAUAUUAAUAUCUAAAUAAA